CCGGAAGUCUAUAUCAUGUCAACAAAUCUAACACGUCAGGAUGAGGCUUGUCCAUAGUAUUCCUCAAUAAAACUGGCACAUAAUGUUGUGGAUGGAUUUGUUGACAGGGGAAGACAGAUCUCAUCUUAGAUGGAGCCUUUUGAUCUUAAACUCCAUCAAGUAACCUAUGAAAUAGGUUCUGAUUCACCUGAUGAAGUGGACUCCUUUAGCACUGUUGUUGCCUAUGACUCCCAAUUUGCUCAAGUAGAUACAGUACCAACAACCUGUUCCACACCUUUAACCUUCACAGCAGCCACUGAAAACCAAGCAAAACCAAGGAAACUAAGAAAACUUCCUCAAAGAAUCCCCCAACCUAGUCGCCUAAAGUCUACACAAAUCUACUCCAAAUCUGUUUCCUCCAUUCCUUCUCCUAAGGGUCAUUUGGAUUCCUCUGGAUCUGGAUCUUACUAUCCUCCUCAAGAAGCACUGAUCAAUCCAAAUCACAAUUUCAUUGAAUCACAAAGCUUCUUUACUCGCCGUGAAUCUGUUCACAUUUCACAAACAGAUAUACGCACACUUUUUCAGGUUACCUCCAACAGUACCUCUGCCAAGAAAUUUCCACGACGACCAGUCAUGUCCGAAAAGCCAAUUCCAGACAAAGUUGAUGGAACUUUAGCAUUUCAAACAAUGGCUGAUGCUCUUCAUCUACAGAAAUCAGUCAUUGGGGAGAAGAAAAUUACACCAGCAUCACCUGAUGAAGUUGCUCGUAUCAUAGCCGAGACUCAAAAGAAAUUGAGCCAACCAGUUACAGAAACCAGUGGAGCUUCACCAUUGGUUCCUAUGGCAUCCCCAGAGGAAAUAGCAAAAGCCAUAGCUGAAACCCAGAGAAAGAUGCAAAGCCAGGCCACAACUACUGGUAGUUCUCUACCGAAUGAAGUUACAGUUCCCAUUGCAACCCCUGAAGAGAUCAGUAGAGUGAUUGCAGAAACCCAGAGAAAAAUGCAAAAGCAGUCAUCUAAUGAAUCUUCUGUUAAGAAUACAGAUUUCUCUUCAGAAAGUCCAGUGGAGAACUCUGACCACAAGAGUGUUCAUACACCACCUCACAUGCAGGAUAUACCAGGGAGGGACCUGGUCAGAAUCCCUGCAUCUAGUCUUCAAACCUCAACACAGAAAUCCAUGUCAUGGUUGAAGGGAGAUCACCCAGCUAGUGAAACGGAGUUAUCUGCCCAUGACUUAAAUAAAUCUGAGAGUGUGGUUAGUGAAGCAACUGCCAGCGACACAGCUUCCGUUGCCUCCACAGACUCAUUUUCACAUUCUGACAUGGAUAAAUUUCUAAGUACAUUACCUCCAUCUAAAACUAUUGAUAUCAGUGAUGUUAUUCCGAAAACCACUAGUAAUUAUUCUGCUUUCAUACCAGCAAAAAGAGACUCCUCAUUUAAACCACUGCUUGAUCAGUUCAUAUCAAUAAAAGAUUUGGAAAAUAAGAAGCUAAAAGUAGACAACCAACCAAACUCAGUUCCACAUAUGGCUGACUCAGGAAUAAGUGUUGAUUUUGAGAGUUCUAAGCCACAAAUGUUGUCUCCAGAGCGGUCAAGUACACCCAAAUCGUUUUUACCCAAACACACAGAAGCAUCACACAGCCAUUCAGCAACACUGAAAAGUAUCCCUUCAAGUAGUGUUUCCUCUGAAAUUCAGUUUGAUUCAGCACAAAAGUUAAAUGAAGCACUGAGAGAAAAGGCUAAAUUGGAAGGCCAGUUAGAAAUGUUAACGUAUGAGGCAAACACUUCACUAAAAGAAAGAACAGAACUACAGUCCCAGAUUGCAACAUUAAAGCAGAAAUUGAAAUCCCAGAGAGACCAAGCAAAUGAUGCUGAAAAAGUGGCCUUGAAGUCAGAGGUAGAAAAAAUGCAACGAAAUCGCAUGGUGCUGGAGAAAUCAUUGGUUUCUGCUCAGAAAAUUUUAGAGGAGAAACUAGCAGAGGUGAAGGUCAUAGAGGCAGAUCUACAGCUUACCCAGGAGGAAAAUGGCAAGCUACAAAUCCGUCUGAAAGAGAUUAGGGAUGACACAAGAACAAAAGAUAUGACAAUCCAAGCUCUUAAGAAUAAGAUAGCAGAACUGUAUGUUGAGGUUCAGACUCAUAUGCAGGCCAAGAUAGAUGCUGAUAAUGAGCACAGGACAGCUAAAACAGAUGUCUCAUCAUUAAUCAGUGCUAAACAGUGGUAUCAGCAACAGCUUAGGCUCGCAAAUGACAGCAAGCUACAGUUGCAGCAAGAACUGACUACACUUCAGGCCCAAGCUCUAUCUCAAGGUAGCAUCAUAGAGAGAAUGAAGACAGAGAGUGCCAGACUCAGGCACCAGAUGAAGGAAAUCCAACAGAAGGCUUUGAAGGACAAAGAGCAGCUAGCCAGGCAUCUAGAGAGAAUUCAGAAGGAUAUGAUGGAUAGAGAAGUAGCAUUUCAGGAAGUUCAAAGGGAGAGGACUCUCCUCGAAGGAACAUUUGAUUCCAAGCUGCAGUCGGUGGAAGAUGAGAGGGAAAGGUACCAGUCUCUUGUGAUAAUCACUAAUGAUUUGGAAUCUCGUCUAGAUAGAGCACACAGUGAUCUGCAGAAAAAGCAAUCUCAGAUUAAUGUACUGGAAAGUGAACAAAUUGAGCUCAAUAAACAACUUGUUCUUUCCCAGGAGAUGGUGAUAGAGAAAGAUAGAGUGGUAGAGGAACUGCAGCAGAAGUUACUGAGUGUGGAAGCAGAACUGAAAGAAUUUCAAAAGAGUGUUUCACAGUUGGACUCUGAGAUUUGGAAGUUAAGGGAAGAAAAGGCAGCUACUGAAAUAUCCUUGAAAUCUGCUAUGGAAGAGAAGAAAUCUGUUGAUUCUGCACUGGAUGAUCUCAAGAAAAACAUGGGAAAAGUGGAAAAGACAUUCAAGCAAAUGAAGCAAGAUCUGAACACUAAAUCUUCAGAAUGCCAACAUGUACUUCAGGAAAAAACUGAAUUACAGGACAGACUAGAUAAAUGUUUGGCAGACUUUGAGAAGGAGAAGCGUGAAAUAUUAACAGCUAGUGAUCAGUCAGAGGAAAAACAAAAAGUUAUUGAUGACCUUCAACAAGCGAAGGUCAAGCUGGAAUCAGAGGUCAUAUGUUUACAGAAUGAGGUAGCUGUUUUGGAUUCAACUAAUAAUUCAACAGUGAAAGAAAACCAGAAGCUACAGGAGCAGCUAGAGGAAUUAAAAUCUCAGUUGACUGAGGUUGAAACAAAACUUCAGGAGGCAAAAGUUCAAGUAGAAGAGAAGCAGCAAGCUGCUGAGGUUCCACAGGAAAGUGAUAAUCAUGAUCUCAUAGAGGAUAAUGAAAAACUGAAACUGAAAAUAACCUCCAUGGAAAAACAACAUCAGAAGGAUAUGAUGAAACAAAGAGCUAGAGCUACAAAGCUGAGUUCGGAUUUAAAAAUUUUGCAGAAUGAAUUAACGGAGAGACAGAGCACUUUUGAUUCUAACGUGGAGUUACUUACCAGUAAAAUACGGGAAAUCUCUGAUGAGAAGACGCGUCUGGAGACGGAACUUGAUUCAGCGCAGAGAAAGUUUGAUGUUGGAAUGGUUGAGCAGCAGGAUCAAAUGAAAACAAUGCUGCAGCAAAUGAUUGAUGAAGUUGAGUCAUUGAAAAUGGAGAAACAGGCUUUAGAGAGCCAGCUCCUUCACCUGCAGCAGCAGAGAGAACAUCAGAUUCAGGAGUACCAGCAGAGGUUGUCUGCCCUUGAUUUACAGAUCAGCCAACUCCAAGAAGUGGCCGCUUCAGCAGAACAAAAGGAAGAAAUCAGUCAACAGCUGGCUCUGGAAUUAGAGAAGGAGAAAGGGAAAGUGGAGGGACUGAUUCAAACAAACAGUUCACUGAAGAGUCAUGUUCAGCAGUUAGAGAGUACAUUAGCAGAGAAGGAGACCAGCAUAGAAGAAAUGGAUUCACAGAUGGAGUCAAACAGAAAAGAAUCCGAGGAAAAAGAGAGGGAGUAUGUUACCAAAAUACAACAGCUGGAGGAGGAACAAACAACAGAGAAAGAGGCCCAGAGGGAGCUCAGAAAACAGAUUGGUGUUAAAAUUACAGAAAACAAAAAGUUAAGAAGGAAUUUAGAUUCCCUGAAAAAUGAAAAAGAGAUCUUACAACAGGAUUUAGAUCUCAAAACACAGGAAUCUGAUGACUUGAGAUCUAAGUUAGAGAGCAGCAACAGCCUUCAGCAAGGAAAGACUAGUCAAAUAAACCAUCUGGAAACUGAAAAUAAACACCUGCGACAUGAUUUAGAAAAAGCCAAAGUAGAACUUGCCGACAACCUUGCCAAGGAACCAAUACUUCAAGAGCAAAUUCAGAGUUUGCAGUGGCAGAUCAGCCAGAAAAACAAAGAAGUGGCAGCCAUUCAGCAGACGAUGGAAAUGACAGAGCAGCGACAGCAGGUGGAGAUUGAUAGUUUGAGGAAGACAAUCGAAGACAACCAGUCAGAACUAGAAAGUCUGAGGGAGGAACUUGGAACAGCCCAGAGAGAGAAGGCAGAACAGCAGGCCCAGGUGACAGAGCUCAGAACCACACUCAAGGCCUCUGUCCAGCAUCACAAGCUCACAAAAAGAAUAAAUGACAAUUCUGAUUCGACAAAGGAUGCUGGGACACAGGUAGAAAACCGUGACAUCGUUAUUCCACCUUUGCCCUUUGACCUGGAAGCUGUUGAGAGGUUACUUCAAGAAACAUCUGCCAAGGCCUUGGCUAGCAAACCUUUGGACAAUCUACAGAGCUGUUUGAGUUCACUUCGAUCCGAGAUCAGUGGUUUACAGAAACAGAUAGAAAUCCAUACUACAACAGUGGCUGAGUCAACUCAGAAUUGGGGAUCUGUAGAGGUUACAGUAAACGAGGUGUUGAAUGCAGUCAAAACAAUGAGUUCAACUCACAAUGGAUCUGUUGGCAUCAAUUCUAUUUCUGCAGCAGGGGUCAUGGACGUCUAAAACAAGGGUCAAGGACAUAUAUUUCUGCAUUGAAGCAAGAGUCAAGAGCAUAUUGACCAUAAUUCAAGUGUUUCUUACACCUUACAGAAAACAUUCAGAACAUUUUAAUUCCGUUUAUUUACUUCCUUCAGAAGGAGUUCCUUGUUUUUGUUGAGUGUUUUGCCAAACAUUAAUUAAGCUAGUCUUUCAUCAAUAUGGUAUGGGAAUGCACUUGGGUCUUCAGUUGAUGAAAUUUCAUAAUUUGUAUUUUCUUCAGUUUCUUUUUUUUAUAUUCUUUCAUGUAAAUGUUCAAAUUAUUUUCAAUGAUUUAUUAUAGUAUUUCUCAUGCACUUUUUUUCAGCGGCAAUCAAAAGCUGGCAUUCUUUCAAUAAUUCAUGAAAAUUUGCUAAUAAAUUUUUGUACAUCUCAAAUAACAAUUUGUGAGAAUGUAUGAUAGCUCCAAUGUGUUCAUAUGGAAAAAAAUAGGGCUAAAAUAACUAAGCACAUGUGCAUCUACAAUAUAUUUAAAGUAUUUAAUUCUUUUUUGAGAUUUUCAAACUUGUGAACAUACUGUCAAGAUAUGUGUAUUAUUCACAGUAAGUUGCGUCUCUAAUUUGCUUACCACCAAUUCAACUUACAUGUAUAAUUUCCUUUAAAAGAUGUCUGUAUUAGCAGAAGAAUGUAUCUAUCUAUUAAUUUUUCUAUUAAUUUUCAUUGAAUAAAAAAAAAAUACCUAAAGAAAAAAACAUAUUUUAUAACAGGUAUAACUCAUUUCUUUUAUUUACUGAAAAUAUUGAUAAAAUUGAUAUGGUAUGCCAACUUUAUAUGGUAUUACAUGUAGUAAAAAGCCAAUCUAGGUCUCACAAUUUGUUCACAUGUAGACAAUUUUGUAUUAUAAAUUAAUCAGUCUAUACUGGUACUUUGGUCUGGAAAAUCCACAACUGCAUAUUAUUAUUAUUAUGUUAUUAUUGCUAUGUUAUUAUACAUUGUUGGUAACUAAUGGGCUUAUCAGGAAACCUUAAGAUUAAUUAACUGACCGUGGACUAACCUAUAAUUAAACAAGUGUUAAUGAAUAGAAUACCUUAGGGUUACUUAGAAUGGGUUUUAUUUAAACUUAAUAAAUGUACUUUGCAUAUCACAGAGUGUUAGUGUGAACACCCAUUUCUGUUGUGCAAUAAAAUGAACACUAUGGCAAUUGCUACGAGUUAUGUCACCUUUCAUUGAAUUUGUUAUCUGUAUUGGGUUUUAUAUGAUACAUCUUCAAUGUGCAUGAUAACAUGUACAGCUUUUGACAGAUUUGUUAAUAUUUUCUCUGUAAUUUUUGUAUUAUUUAAUCUCCCUUGUCUGUAUUAUGUAUUUUUUUUUCUCAUUUCUUGAUACAACCUUUACGUAUUUUACAUGCUUUGCAUAUUUUGACAGUGGUUAACAUUUUAUUAUUUUAUUGACUUCGUUAUCAGUUACUUGUAUGUGUGAAAUGGACCAUCAAUCUUAAUUACAAAUAAACCAGACAUACACUUGUUAA